AUGCCACCCACCAGUCUUCCCCCGUACGACUUCGCAGCCCAUUCCAGCAGCUCCAACGACCGCAGGACCCGGAACAGCGAGCGAACCUCUCGCGCUUGCACAACGUGUCGCUCGAGAAAGACAAAGUGUACAGGAGAGCUUCCUAUGUGUCAAACGUGCCUAUUCUAUGGAAAGAACUGCGAGUAUCCUGCUGUGGACAAACGGACAACCGACCGCUCCGCCCAACUUAAGAUUGAGAGGCUCCAAGCUCGGGUUCAAGAGCUAGAAUCUAUCCUCUCUAUACAACGAAACAACGCCUGUCUGUCCCCUGGUCAAGACGAACAGUCGGACGAUGACGAAGACAUGGCCCCUUAUGAGACCGGUCGCUUGGUCUUGUCAUCGACCGGCAACCUUCAUCUACACCCUUCCGCAACAUUUUAUUGCCCAGCACACGUCGUUCCUGAAUGGCAGCACGCUCUCAACCGCCUCAAUGACCAGCAGCCAGAGCUAGUGACGCUGCCCGCAUACCUUGCGACAUACCUACCCCUCCACACUACCCCGGAGCACCAUCGACACUUACUCGACCUUGCUUUCGAUAGAUUGCUUUGUUUCGGGGCAAAUCCAUUCAAGGACAAGUUCCUCCAGGCGAUGGAUGUAGACCCCGACGCGCGUGGACUGUACUUUUCGCCUCUACUGCAUCUCGCCUUGCUGGGAGUGGGUUGGCGCUACUGCCAGGACCGAGAGAUGUUGAUGAGGCAUUACCCUCGACAGGGUGGCGAUAAUAGGGGCGACGAAUAUUACGCAAAAGCCCAGGUGAUGAUCAUGGAUGAGGCGAAUGAGCCUUGCAUAGGUAAUAUGUUUGCGCUGUUAGUGAUGACAUUGUAUUAUGUCGGAAGAGGAGCAGACACUCUUGCCGGAGCCUGCUUCACCUUGUGCCAAUUUCAAUGUCUCAACUUUAGGGUACACAAACAGUGCGAUGGUCAGCUAGGCGAGCUCGACUUGGAACCCGAAUGCGAGUUGGACAAUGCUCGAAGAGAUAUAUGGCACUUUUGUCUGAAUUUUUCAGCCUGGUGGGCCACGUUCUACGCCCAGCCGGUAUUGCCUAUGAUCAACUGGGGAGUCGACCAACGUCCCCCAUAUGUUCACUCCAAUCACCCCAACGGCAACGUACGCGCCUUGUCGCUCAUGGCCGCUCAACAUUCUCAACUUUCAUACUACGGCUUUGAAUCGCUCAGCAUCAACCACCUGCUCAAGAUGCCGAAUGACAUGAGAGUCAAGCGGGUCCGGGAGCUGGGAAUGUACUUGACACAAUGGCAGCAGAACCUCCCCCCUGACGUCGCCUGGCCAAUCCCCCCCGGCGCCCCCAUCAUGCACCCAGGCAACAUCGUCACUCAAGGCAUGUACUGCACUUACAUCAUUCUCCUCUACCGCCCAUAUCUCAUCGAAAUUGGUGGUGGGCCUAAUCUAAUCCCGGAAGCGCUGCAGAGGUGUUUGGAGUGCACGCAGGACAUAGUGGAUAUGGCGCAUUAUAUGGUGGAUCACCAUGGUGUCAUGAAGGCUCCGCUGUCGUGGCAACACGUCCUGUAUGUCGGAAGCACCAUCCUCAUCCUCCAAGUUGCCGGCCUCCCCAACAUCACAGAAGAACAACGUCUAUGGGCGCUCGACUCCCUUCGCUUCAUCCAAGAGGCUUUGAAAGAGUUUGCAUACGUCUGGGUCGCGGCGGGGAGAACGGGAUCGUCAUUAAGAACACUGCAGGAUGACUGUACGCCAUCGAAGGAUAUGGUGGUGGAGGCGGUUGGAGAUGCGAAUAGGAUGAUGAGUGAUUUGGCCGUGGAUCUGGCAGGAGGCGUUGUUGGGGACGCGUAA